AAAAAUCAGAUAUUGAUGAAGUGAAGCGAGGCAAACAACAAACAGAAACAGCAUAACAUAAAGUACGGCGUAAAAAUGUUGCAGCUAAUGCAAAAAUGACCGAUGAGCGCAAUAAUAGCAGCAGCAACAACAACAACCACAACAGCAACAACAGCAGCGGCAGCAGCAGCAGCAAUAACAGUGCCAAUAACAGCGAGCGCUUAAUUGCAGAGGCGGCUGCCAAGUUUUUACUCAAAAAUGGUUUAAACGGUACCAAUGCAGCAGCCGCAGCGGCCGCUCAACUGCUAACAACAGUAGCUGCAGCUGCUUCUGCUUCUGCCACAUUUCAACUGCCUGCCGCACCAGAACUGAAGACACCAACAACAACGGGAACAGCAACAACAACAACCACAUCAACAUCGACGUCAUCAUCAACCUCAUCAACAACACUAUCAACGACAUCCAAUGGCAUCACGCCCACUUUGUCAGCGCCCACUAAAACAAACAGCAGCCAAAGCAGCAACAGCAGCAGCAGCUGCAAUAGCAGCAGCUCAAGUCUUCUCACCAUGGCGACGGCCUCUGCCACGGCGCUCGUUGCCGCCUCUGCCGCAGCUCCAAAAGCGCCCAUCGAUGUCAUGUCGGGUGUUCUGGAUUAUAGCUCACUAAAUGGUCCAAGUGCUGCCGCUGCUGCCGUUGCGGUUGCCUCAACAACAACAACGAAGAGCAGCAAAUUUGGUAACGGCAGCAGCAGUGGCUUUGAUAUGGGCAGGCAUCCGAUAUCAACGCACAGCAACAACAGCAUGCCAGGCUUAGGUGGCCGGCUGCAGUUUUUCAAAGAUGGUAAAUUCAUAUUGGAACUGGCACGGGCUAAGGACGGCGAUAAGGGUGGUUGGGUGUCGGUGCCGCGAAAACCAUUUCGGACACCAUCGGCGGCGACAUCGGCGACGGUGACGCCCACAUCGGCCGUGACAACAACGUAUCCAAAGAACGAGAAUUCAACAUCGCUAAGCUUUUCGGAUGAUAAUAGCUCCAUACAGUCAUCGCCGUGGCAACGUGACCAGCCCUGGAAGCAGACGCGGCCGCGUCGUGGCAUCUCCAAAGAACUGUCGCUCUACUAUCAGCGUCCCCGCCACAAUGUGGUCCUUAGCCAAAGUGCGCGACAGGCAGCGGCGCGAAAACGACGUCGUCCCUAUGAGCCAACGCUUGCUAUCGACGAUCCACUGUCGAUUUUUGAGCGCAUCCAAACGCUAGAGAAUGGCGAUGAGACGCUUAAAGCUAUAGACACGCCAGAGCAGGAGCAGCAGUCAGAUAAUGAAAUAAAAGUUGAGCCUGAUGCGAUAAAAGUGGACGAGGAUGAUGUGGCUGAUGAGAUAAAGACAGAGCCGGAGGCAAAAACGUGUCCGGAUGAUGACAGCAAAGAUGAGCUUAAAGCUGAAGCGACUGUGGAGAAAAUGAACACGAGCGAGGAUGAGGAUGCCAUGUCCGUGACAGUGGACGAUGCGACACCAACGACAGCCAGCUUGCUCAACGGCAAUUCCAGUGAGCUGAAUGGCGAUCUCAAGUAUGAGAAGGAGGCUGGCAGCGAUAUGAGCACAAGGACGACAACAUCAGCGGCGACAGCAAUGGCAGCAACAAAAACAACAACAACAGACAUAAGACUUAAAAAGCAGAAACCCAGAGCCAAGCUCAAUAGCAUCAUACAGAAACUAAUCGACGGCGUUCCCGCACGCCUCGAGCAAUUGUCCAAGACACCAGCAGCGACGGCGGCAACAGCAGCAGCAUCAUCAACAGCGCCAACGUCAACAGCAGAACGUAACAACAGCAGCAGCGGUGGCGGAGCCAUCGGUAGUCUAAGUCACUCCUUGGCACACAAGGUCUCGCCGCCAUCGUCGGCAGCGGCUGCCAGCCGUCUAGUCGAAUAUCAUCAUCAGUCGCCGCGCAAGCGCAUACUGCGUGAAUUCGAGAAGGUAUCGCUGGAGGAUAACAAUGGUUGUAUUAACAAUGGCAGCGGUGCCGGAGGAGGCGGCGGCGGCGGUAUUGGUUGUGGUGGUGGUGGCAGUCUCAGUGGUAGUGGUGGCGUUGGUGGCAAACGAAGUCGCGCCAAAGGUGGCGGCAGCAAUAGUAAUACAUUAAUAAGUAGCACACUGGCCAGCAAAGCAGCGAUGCCAAUGAAUCUGGCGCCGCCGCAGGCCAAAGUGAUGCUGACCACACCCCCCACUACAACUACAACGACAACAGCAGGAGCAGCUGCAACAGGUACACAAGCAACGCAGCAGCCGACACGACUGAAUAGCUCAUAUAGCAUACACUCGCUGCUGGGCGGCAGCGGCGGAAGCAGUAGCAGCAGCGGCAGCAAAAAGAGUCACGAUCAGCCGGCGACGAUAAUCAGCAAUGUGCAUCAUUCGCAUCAUCAUUCGCAUCAUCAUCAGCAUCAUCAUGGCUUGUAUGGCAGCAGCGGCAGCUCCUCAAACUAUCCACGAGCGCUGCUCCACUCCCCGAAAUCACCGGAAAUGGGCGGCAGCGGCAGCAAUGGCGGUAAAUCGCCAUCGCAUGCGGCCAGCAAGAAGCAACGUUCGCCGCCAUAUGCCGCCGCUGCCGGGUCACCGCUGCCCAUCGACUACGGGCGGCGCACGCCGCCAGAGAGCAGCUAUAAGCUGGCCCAGCAGCUGCAGCAGCAGCAUCAUUCCUUUUAUGCGCCCUAUGUUGGCGCUGGCAUUCCACAGACUGCUGGCGGUGGCGGUGGCACACGUGAUCUGUUAUCGCCGCCGCGUUCAUCGAGCGCCUCGCCAGCUGCUGCUGGUGGUGCUGGGAAUACGCCGCAUCGCACCGUGCCCAAGAAGACUGCAUCGAUACGACGCGAGUUUGCUUCGCCGACAACCAGCUGCAAUAGCAAUAAUAGUAAUACAAGUUGCCCUUCGCCCAGCGAGCGGAGCAACACAUCCUCCCCAGAGCAGCGACGCCAUCUCCAGCAACUUCAGCGUGCAUCGCCAAGCGCACAAGCUGCAGCGGCACAAGCUGCUGCUGCCGCUGCUGCUGCCGCAGCUGCUGUCGGUUCACCCUUGCAUUAUUAUAUGUAUCCGCCGACGGCGGCGACGUCGCAAUUGAAUGGUGGCGGCACAGCCAGUCCCACGCCGACGACAAGCAGUGCAGCGGUUGCAGCUGCUGCUGCCGCUGCCGCUGCAGCUGCAUACAUUCCAUCGGUGGUGUCGCCAUCGCUCUACCAUCCAUACAUAUCGACGCUUGCGGCGCUGCGGCACAAUCCGAUGUGGGUGCAACAUUACCAGGCAGGCGCUGCGCCGCUGUUGCCCCCACCACCACCACCGCCGCCGCAGCAGCCGCCGCAGCAGCAUUCGCAUCCACAUCCACAUACGCAUUCGAGCAGCGGUGGAGCCGUGGCUCGACUAUCACCACAAUCGCCGUAUCAUCCUUUUGGCUAUAAUGGUGUGAGUGCUGCGGCUGUUGCUGUUGCCGCGGCCGCUGCGGCCUCAGCAUUUGGCCAGCCAUCGCCAUCGUCAACGAAUCCUGCGCAUAUGGCACAUGUGCAUGCGGCGGUGCAUCCGGUUGCGCAUCAUAAUCAUACGCCGCCCACACAUUUGGCCGAGCAUCGAACGCACACGCCAAAACUGACUGAUACUUGUACUGACCAAAUGUUGUCAACAAAUGCUGCAGCGUCGUCGUCGUCUUCGUCGUCGUCCAGUCAUCAUCGCACCACCACCACCAGCACCACCACGACCAACAUUUCCGUCUCCAGCGCCAGUGCACCAAUUGGUGGUGGCAUCGGCGGUGCAAGCGGCAGCCUCGCCUCCUCAGUACAAUCCGCAAUGUUUCAAAAUAGUAGUCUAAGAAAUGAACUAAGUUCAGACUUACCAUUGAAUCUGUCAAAACACUGAGAGACCCUCACAUGUUCCCUUGCACCACCAACACCACCACUAAACCCCAGCCCAGCGCUUCCUUUCCAGUGCCUGGGCAGCCCUCGAGUUAAGUACAUUAUUGCACUAGUAGAGCUUAAGAAGACGACAUUCAAACCACACACACACAACACACACAUAACUAUCGGAUAAGUUUAGCUGAUAUUUUAGCUGUAACUCAAUUGUUUUGCAUUAAGUUAGCUAGGGUUUUUAUUUUAAGGCCGAGACAAUUCAAAAAAAAAAACUUCGAGUUUUUCCUAAAAAAAAGAGAAUCAAAUCUUAAAAAGUUUUCAAACCCGUUCCAUAACUAUUUAUGCAAUCAGUUAAGAAUAUAAAUAGCCAACACGGCAUGUAUUUUUUUGGCCAACAUAUUCACUAACCAAACUUUGCAGUGAAAUAUAAUACAUAUAUUUUAUUUAAUCUUUUUAUUCAAAUUCCCAGAAGAUGCACGUCUUGAAGAAUCUCAAAAAAUAUAUUUAAAGACCCGUAUUUCAAUGUCCAUUGAGAUAUCGGCCCUUAGAUGAUUUUUUUUUUAUCAAAACAUUUCCUUGAAACAGACUGAACUUAAAAUUUUUUUAGAGAGAAGAAAAAUAAGAAAUUUAACAUAGACCACUGCAUCUUACUUUUUAUAUGUAUGUGUGUGUUAUGUAACAAAACAUUUUGAAAAAAAAAAAAACGGAAGAAAAAAA